AUGCAUUGGCUUACCGCAUUUCUCCCGGCCGCCGCCCUCCUCUGGGAGCCCGUCAUUGGCGACCCUACGCCCAAGUACAACCCUCUGCCGCCCCUCCGCGAGCAAGCCCGCAUCCAAGAUGCAUGGACGGAGGAGCGCAAAGCGGGCAUCCCCGCCCUUCUCAAGAAACAUGGCGUCGAAGCCUGGGUGAUCAGCCAGCGCGAAUACGCGGAAGAAACAGUCUUCUGGUCUCUCAAACCAGCAUCGACCUUCUCCGCCCGCCGCCGCACAACGUGCCUCUUCCUCGCCGAGCCCCUCGCCGCCAACUCUUCCGAGGGUUCACUGCCGCAGCAACCGGGCUGCAUUAUAGGCUGGACCACAGACGUCUGGGAAACACUCAAAGCGCAGCUCGAAGCCGCGAACCCCGCCACCGUCGCCAUCAACGCGCACCCGGAGAUCGCCUUCGCCAGCGGCCUGCACGCAGGCGAGUACCAGGCCAUGGCGAGCGGGCUGGGCGGGGAGUGGACGUCGCGGAUGGUCGUCAAGCCCGAGAUCGCCGUCGAGUUCAUCGCGACCCAGCCGCGGUCGAAGCUGCCGCGGUACAAGCAGGUCAUGGAGACGGCGUGGGCGAUGAUCGCGCGGGGUUUCAGCGAGGCGGUUGUCGUCCCCGGGAAGACGACGACAGGGGAUCUGGAGUGGUGGUUUAGAGAGGAGAUUCUGGCGCACAACUUUACGACGUGGUUCCAGCCCAGUGUCAGUGUGGUGGACCAGGCGCUGCCUUGGGCUGUGAAGAUGGAGACGAGCGUGGAUGAGGGUGCGGGGGGCAGGGUUAUUGAGUAUGGCGAUAUGCUGCAUGUUGACUUUGGGUUGACUGCUCUGGGGCUGAACACCGACACUCAGCACCUAGGGUACGUGCUUCGUCCUGGCGAGAAGGACGUCCCCCAGGACUUGAAGGAUGGGUUGAAGAAGGGGAACAAAUUGCAGGAUAUUGUGAGGCGCAACAUUGCUGUCGGCAAGACAGGCAACGAGAUGCUCAAGGCAUCACUCGGAGAAAUGCAUGCAGAGGGGAUUCAGGGACGCGUUUACACGCAUCCGAUUGGAGACUGGGGCCAUGCUGCCGGUCCCCUCAUCGGGAUGACGAACAUGCAAGACUACGUAUCGGCAUCCGGUGAGCUGGCCGCCGUCUCCAACAUGUGGUUCAGCGUCGAGCUGCUUGUGGAGCACUACGUCGCCGAGAGGAACCAGACCCUGUGGUUUGCGUUGGAGGAAGACGUAUACUGGGCUGGCGAGGAGAAGGGGUGGCAAUGGGUGUACGGGCGACAAGAGGAGUUCCACCUGGUCAAGACCGCGAAGAAGCAGGAGACCAUGGAAGAGUUGUAA